AUGCUGAAGCUGGAGGGCCUCAAGGGGAUGCUCACGGAGGCCAAAACCCGGGAGGGGAUCCUGGCCAAGGAGCUGGAGACCGAGAAGCAGCUGCAGAAGAACGAGGCCGCCGAGCACAAGGACUUCAAGGAGGGCGUGAACAGCUGGAUCGGCCGCCUCGAGGACAUUUGUUUUUUCUGGGGGGUGGGGCCCUUUGUCAAUGGCAUAGGGGGUAAACAGGUGGGCAACCGGGUGUGGGUGCACGGGCGCCUGGACCCGGGGGCGCGCAGGCGCGAGCGCCCGGACUGGGCGCGGCCAGUCGGUGCCACGGCGAGGGGAGGAUGCCGGCGCGGCGCCGAUGUGGUAGCGGCGAGGCCAAGGCGGGGCGAGGCGGUGGUGAUGCGGGCGGUGCUGGGGCGCUGGGACGGUGCAUCAAGGCGGACGAGGCGAGGCUGGGGCGCAGAGAAGGCGAGGGCGCGCACAGGCGGCUGCGGAUGCGUGCGGGGGGGGGGGGGCGAGCAGCACCGGGCACAAACGGCGGUAGAUGGCGAGCGGGCGCGCGCUGGCGAGGGGAGGAGUUGUCGCUGCGGGGAGCGCGGGUCCGUGGCCAGGGGGCUUGCUCGGGGGCGGCGAGGAGCAGCCGACGAGUGGCGAGGCCAUCUGCAGGGGCGGCAGCGCAGGGCAAACGGCGCGGGGGCAGCGGGGAGCGGCGGCGCGGCGAGCCGGGCCUGGGCGGUCACGCGCGCAGGACACGUGCGUGCGCGAGGUGGAGGGGGGCUUGCAGCAGGGGGUGAGCGGGCGUGGCAGAGGACCGGCAACGACGCAGCGGCAGGAGCAGCGUGGGCGAGGCUGCACGCGAGCGCGGGCGUGCGUGGGCAGAAGAACUCGCGCGAGCGGGGAGGCGUGGAGCAGGGGCGCAGCGAGCGGACGGCGGAAGAUGGCGGGCGAGUGGUCGCGUGCGCGUGCAUACGGGGACGAGGGGAGAGAAGAGGCCGGGGGUCUCACCGGCGGUCGUGGGGUCAAGGGCAGCGGGGCUCGGUGAGGAAGACAGGGACGACGGCGUUGACGGAGAUGGGGAGGCGCUCCGGCAAGGUGGCGGUGGUCGGCGACGGGCCAGGGCGGCACCGGGCGUCGGCGUCGGGGGGAGACGAUGGGAUCGGGCUCCUCCCGAUCCAGAUCCAGACGAGGGGGAGGGGGGAGGAGUGGUUCGAGGGGGAAGUGGGUUAG